AUGACAGCAAAGGAGUCAAAUACGAUGACCGAGUCUAGAACUCUGUCCGAGUCUUCCACCGUCGAAGCUCCGGGACAAGAUGUCGAGAAAGAUGUCCAGGCUGUUUCUAAAGAGCCAGAGUAUCCUCCUCUGUCCAAGGUGAUCAUCAUCAUUUUGGCUCUCUACCUCGCCGUGUUCUUGGUCGCCCUUGACCAGACUAUCAUUGGUGUCGCGAUCCCUAAGAUUACCGAUCAAUUCAAGAGCAUUUCGGAUAUUGCCUGGUAUGGAAGUGCAUACUUUCUGACCUCGACUGCUUUGCAACCCUCCUAUGGUAGAAUCUACAAGAUCUUUAGUGUGAAAUGGGGCUUCCUCGUCGCUGUUGCCAUCUUCGAGAUCGGCUCGCUACUCUGCGCCGUCGCACCAUCCAGCACAGUCCUCAUAGUCGGACGUGCCAUUGCUGGAAUCGGUGUCGCGGGUAUCUUCUCCGGUGCUAUGGUGAUUAUUGCAGCUACCGUCCCUCUCCCAAAACGUCCCCUCGUCUUUGGUAUGUGGUGCUUCUAUAUUAACCUGCCAAUUGGCGGUCUUUCCAUCGGUGUCAUCUUGCUCUUCCUGCGCCUCCCUGAUAAGAAGGCUCACUCUGGAGAGUCUGUUAUUACGCGGAUCAAGCAAUUAGAUCUCAUCGGAGCGGGUCUGCUAAUUCCUGCCAUCAUUUGCCUGCUGCUUGCUCUUCAGUGGGGAGGAAAUCAGUAUGCCUGGAAUAAUUCGCGGAUCAUAGGCCUCUUUGUUGGAUUCGGUCUUAUGGUCAUCCUCUUUGCAGUAUCGCAGAUCUAUCUUGGUGAUCAGGCCACCCUCCCUCCCCCAAUCCUGAAGAAGCGCACCGUUUUGUCUGCGUGCAUGUUCGCACUGUUCUUCGGUGGUGCUUUCUUUGUUCUUGUUUAUUACGUCCCAAUCUUUUUCCAGAGUGUCAAAGGCUCCUCAGCUAUGAAGUCAGGUAUCCAGCUUCUUCCGCUGAUGCUGGCUACUGUCGUCUCUUCUGUUGUCUUUGGUGGCUUGAUUACCAUUGCCGGAUACUAUACGCCCUUUUUGAUCGGAAGUGUCGCCAUCGCCGCCAUCGGCACAGGUCUUAUCACCAUGUUCGACGUCGAUAUUUCCACCGGAAAGUGGAUCGGCUACCAAAUUGUCGUCGGUGCCGGCGUCGGCGCUGGUUUCCAGGUCCCUAUGACCGCUGUCCAGACUGUUCUUGACCCUUCUGAUAUCCCGGUCGGAACAGCCAUGGUCAUGUUCUUCCAGACUCUUGGUGGAGCUCUGUUCAUCGCGGUUGCUCAGUCAGUCUUCCAGAACGGAUUGAUCGAUGGCAUCAAAACGUAUGCCCCUGGUGUCAGCCCCGCCGCAAUCGUCGGUGCUGGUGCGACCGAGAUGCGCACCGUGCUUGGACAACUUGGACAGCUUGACCAGGUGGAUGGUGUCAUCAAGGCCUAUAUGAGCGGUUUGCGUGAUAGUUACCGUGUCAGUUUGGCGCUCAUGGUGGCCGCAUUCGUGGCGAGUCUUUUCCUAGAGUGGAAGAGUGUGAAAAAAGCAGGUGCCGAGAACAAGGAGGUUGUUGUUCCGGCUCUGUGA